UACCGCUCGAUAAACGUAGCGCUGGGAAAGGGUCGUAAACUGACGCGCCCAACAGUUGGUCUUCACAGGUGGAAGGGUAUUUCGGUCGUAUUUCUUGGGUUACGUCUUAUUCCUUUUUCACGAUUGGUGAAAAUCAUUCAGUAAGAAGCACGGUUAUUUCCAAUGUGACGUCUACAAGCAGCAACUAAGACUUUUUCUCCACUUCAGUCGAACAAAUAAUAAAUCAUCAGCAUAUUUCUCAACAUAUUCAAGUGUUGUCAUCAAAAGAAUGGCAUGUCUGCCUACAGGGAUGUUUUUCUAGAGGUCACUGCAGUAACUGGGAGUUUCGAAUAUUGAUAGUUAACCUAGCUCUUCACAAUGGAUAACUCUGGGUAUGACAUCGGACCACAUGACGCGGAAUAUCAGAAUGGAUUGGAAAUGGAUUUGGUAAUAGAUAAUCCUCCUGAUGCCGAUGACCCAAGUGUUCCCCCUCACUUCCACUCCAGAUAUACAUCAAGUCAGGUGAACAAUGUUUCCUCUAUGCCCCCCGAAUACACCCAACACCGGGUGUAUGGAACUGACAUGGUGGUAUGGCGGAUGCAUUUCGAGGAACCCAUUGACAUGACCCCCCCAGACCAGAACCCUCUCAACACAGCUGAUGCUUGUCCAGUACCUGUGGACAUUGUACAUAAUGUUUUGUACAUUGAAAGUAAUCGCUUACAGACAUUUGCUGGUAAAUGGCCAGCACAGGCAAACGUCACCCCCAAGGCGUUGGCCAGGGAAGGGUUUUACUAUGAAGGUCCUGGGGACAGAGUUAGGUGUGUCUACUGUACAGGGGUACUCAAACACUGGGAGAAGGGAGAUGUUGUUUCAGAGGAACACAAGAAACACUUCCCCAACUGUGUGGUACACAGGGUACGGGCAGCUGGUCACCGGGGGGCAAACCCCAUCAUCGACAGCCAGCAGGUAGCAGCACAUCUGGACAGGUCGACAACGGCAGACCUGGGCGUGAAGUCGACCGACGACACAACAGCUGACAGUCUGGGCAUUGUGAAGAAUAAACCUAAAUUCCCUCAGUAUGGGAUUGAGUCUACCCGCCUGGGGACAUUCGGAGACUGGCCAGGUCAAAUCAAACAGACGCCGGAAGACAUGGCGAAGGCUGGGCUGUAUUACUUGGGGAAGGGAGACCAAGUGAUGUGUUUCUCCUGCGGUGGUCGCCUGCACACGUGGGACCCGACUGAUGACCCCAUGGAGGAACACACCAAGUGGUACCCCCAGUGUGCCUUCGUCAAACUCGCCAGGGGAGGCAACUCAAGUUCUAGGAAUGGCAGAACUGUAGCAGAUUCAGAUCGUUUAGAGAAGAACCCCUCUGUCCAGGCCUUGGUGGACAAUGGCUGCAAACUUGAGGACAUCAGCCAUGCCAUAGAGCAGCUACACUUGGAUGGAGUUGGUGUAAGUACAAUCCCAUCAGCUGAAGCCAUAUGGGAGAAGAUCGAGGAGAAGUCCCAGACACAGGGCAGGGAGGUUGUGCUUCAGAAUGGACACUCACAAAGCAGUGAUGAUGUACAAGCGUUGCUGACCGAGAACCGGGAGCUGAAGGAGCAGCGGCUGUGUAAAGUGUGUCUGGAGAAUGAGAUCAGCAUCAUCUUCCUGCCCUGCGGCCACCUCACCUGCUGCAGCAAGUGUGCGACAACGCUGUCCGAGUGCCCCAUCUGUCGGGGCAAGAUCAAUGGGUCAGCAAAAGCGUAUUGGCCUUGAAUGUGUGCUCCUUAUGAACGGGAGACCUUACUAUUAUUAUUACAUUUUCACCUUAACGAGGCAAAGGAGUAAACUAGUACGUGUUUAAAGUACUGUUUCCAUGCUUGCUGAACUACGCUGGAAUUAUAAAGAUAUUUUUUAUUACAAUAUACAUCUUGAUUAUCGAUCGUCCCGACUCUUAGGACCCUGUAAAUAGUGACAAGGCUGUGAUUUUUGUUUUUGUUACAUGACUUUAAGAGGUCUUUACACUGUUGUUAUUAUAACUAGUAGAGCCUGCUGUCUGAGGUGUCUAAGCUGUGUGUAGAGGGGGCUAGGACAAAUAUUGAGUCUAUCCCAAGAUAACUCAAUCCAUCCUUGCUGCAUUUUUUUAUUUUUUAUUCUGAACAUAAUAAAAAUAAUUACUCACUCACUCAACUCACUCAGAAAGACACCAAUCACACACACACACACACACACACACACACACACACACACCAAGUUGUUUGUUAGUGUACAGUACCAGAAUAUUUAGAUGUUAAGCUGUUGUAGUUGCUUCUGUAGUACGUACAGAAUUUGUUCAUCAGUAAUUUUUGUAGUUUGGUGUCGGUAUUCCUUUUUUCAAAUGUGCAUAUUAUUUUAUAUCCAAAAAGGGGUCAAUAUUUACCUAUAUCACUUAUGACACAUGUAUGUAUUUACAACACUUAUCAAUAAAAGUUUAGGACUCCUCAACAAGCCUCCAAGUUUUAAACUUCUGUCAAACCAUGUAGAUAUAUUUGAUAUUAAAUGUAGCACAAGA